AUGGGACUGAGCAGGGUACGCGUGAAAGAGUUUAUUCCGACACGAUGAAGAUCAAGGGGUGUCAAAGGUACUUUCAGUUAGUAGCUGUCGCAUCUGUAGGGCUUAUUGUUUCAGUAUUUCUUUAGUUAUGAUGUGUACUUGCUAAGUCCAUUUUCACGCACUGCUUUUAACAAUAAUGAGUGAGCAGUCUAGUCGUCAAUUGCAAUACUGGACGAGAUGAAAAAUUUAGACGUAGCGAUUCAGCCGGUUUCUUAUGAAAAGGAUCUAGUUCAUUCACAACCAUUGAAAAAACAUUUGAAACGUCUUAAUGACGAAGAGGUGGAACAACCAGUGAAAAUAAAGAAAAAGAAACUGAAGAAAGUAAAGCAACAGCAAGGUGAUGAUAGUUCUCAGGAAACAAGUGAAGCUGAACCUGAAGAACAAACAUCAAAUGAUUGUUCCACAGAAAAUGAGGAACAGUCAGAACAAGAUGAUGUUGAGGAAGACAUGUCCGAUAAAUUACCUGGAUCAAGUACAGCCUUGGAGAUCCUUAGUAAUCGCACAUUUGGGUCACUUAAAGAAAAAGUAUGUGAAAAUACCUUAAAGGCUAUUGAAGAUAUGGGUUUCACUACUAUGACAGAAAUUCAGGCAAGAUCUAUUCCACCAUUGCUAGAAGGGAGAGAUCUGGUAGGAUCUGCAAAGACUGGAUCUGGAAAAACAUUGGCUUUCCUCAUACCAUCAGUAGAACUUAUUUAUAAACUCAAGUUUAUGCCAAGGAAUGGAACUGGGGUCAUAAUAAUUUCACCAACUAGGGAGUUAUCUAUGCAGACUUUUGGGGUAUUAAAAGAAUUAAUGAAAUACCACCAUCAUACCUAUGGCUUAGUCAUGGGUGGUACAGCUAGACAAACAGAAGCUCAGAAACUUUCAAAGGGUAUAAAUAUUCUUGUUGCUACUCCUGGUAGAUUGCUUGACCAUCUUCAAAACACACCCGAUUUUUUAUACAAAAACUUGCAGUGUUUGGUUAUAGAUGAAGCAGAUAGAAUACUUGAAGUUGGUUUUGAAGAAGAAAUGAAGCAGAUAAUCAACUUAUUACCCAUAGAACGCCGCCAGACGAUGAUGUUCAGCGCCACUCAGAAUAAAAAGACUGAUGCUUUGACUGCACUGGCAUUAAAAAAAGAACCUGUCUAUGUUGGUGUUGAUGACUCAAAAGCUGAAGCUACUGUAUCUGGUUUAGAACAGGGUUACGUGGUCUGCCCAUCAGAAAAACGGUUAUUGAUAUUGUUCACAUUCCUUAAAAAGAACAGAAAGAAGAAAGUGAUGGUGUUCUUUAGCUCUUGUAUGUCAGUAAAGUAUCACCAUGAAUUGUUCAAUUAUAUUGAUCUACCUGUUAUGUGCAUACAUGGUAAACAGAAACAGACGAAACGGACAACAACAUUCUUCCAAUUUUGCAAUGCAGAGACAGGCAUCUUGCUGUGCACAGAUGUCGCAGCUAGAGGUUUAGAUAUACCUGCAGUUGAUUGGAUCGUACAGUAUGAUCCUCCAGAUGACCCUAAGGAGUACAUUCACAGAGUUGGCAGAACAGCUCGCGGUGAAGGAGGUAGUGGGCAUGCUUUGCUGAUUUUGAGGCCAGAGGAACUUGGUUUUUUGAGAUAUUUGAAGCAAGCGAAAGUGCCACUAAACGAAUUUGAAUUCAGCUGGAGUAAAAUUGCAGAUAUACAACCACAGUUGGAGAACCUGAUCGGCAAGAACUACUUCCUUAACAUGUCGGCCAAGGAAGCAUUUAAAGCCUACGUCAGAGCUUACGACUCGCACCACUUGAAGACAAUCUUCGACGUGGCCACCUUGGACUUGGUUAAGGUCGGAAUGUCCUUUGGCUUCAAAACUCCUCCUGCAGUGGACUUGAAAGUAUCUGCUAAAAAGGGUGAAAGGCCAGAAAAGAAGAAGAAAGGGGGUGGUGGAUUCGGGUAUUAUAAGAACAUGAAUGAUAUGGAUCGGAAGCAUCAAAAGAAGAAUUUGGUUUACAGGCAGCCGAAGAAGUCUGGCCCUGAUAACAGGCAGUUUAGCAGAUAAGGAAUACAUGUUUUUAUUGCAAUUGUCAAUGUUGUUCAAUAUAAUAUUUUAUUUAUUUCUAUGUUUGUUUACUCUGACCUGAUAAAGGAUCCCAAAAUUAACGCAAGUUUCGAAUUAAAUAGAAAACACAGUUUUAAGUUUUUAGAUUGUUAUUUUUCAUUGAACCAUAAAGUACUUAGGAUAGGGUUAUGUAUGGAAUAUCACAUCGGACAAAUGACCUUCCACGGCUUUGCUGGCACAUACACACUCUUUUUCCGCAAAUUUUCAAUGACCGUUCAGCAUAAUGGUGGCUGAAUUUCGUUGAUGUACCGUCUAAUUUCCUCUUGUAAUGCAUGGGUGGUUGUGGGCUUCUUGACAUAGACCUUUGACUUUAAAUAACCCCAUAAAAAGAAAUCUAAUGGUGUUAAAUCAGACGAUCUAGGGGGCCAAUUCUGAUCACCGAAACGGGAAAGUACACGACCAGGAAAUGUCUCGGACAGUAAUUGAAUUGUUUCACUGACUGUAUGGCAUGUGGCACCGUCUUGUUGAAACCACAUAUUGGACACAUCUAUAUCAUCCAGUAUCAGCAGAAAGAACUGUAUUAUCAUGUCGCGAUAUCGAGUACCAGUAAACAGUUACUGCUUCACCAAAAAAGUACGGUCCAAUUAUGCCUCUAGCCCAAAAUCCGCACCAAACAGUGACACGUUUCGGGUGCAUUUGUUUUUCAAUAAUCACACGUGGGUUGACAAGGUUAAAACGCUAUUCCGGCCAUAUUUUGUACAAAAUUUUCGAACUCGGACGGUAAACCUUCAUUAUUUUUUAAAUAUUGUUCAAUAAUUAAAACACGUUGUAUCGUAUAACGCUCCAUGUUUACUAACCCUAACCUCUCAGCAGUGAAAUUGUUUUUUCAGGACUGCCUACAAUUUACUGCAAACAUUGUGGCAAAUUCAAAUCUUGCGUUAAUUAUGGGAACCCUAUACGAUACACAGUCUACAGAGUGUUCUGUUAUCGAUUAACCUCCCUGUAACUCUUUUGUCUGACUGUUUACAAACGUCUUAUUUAUACGUUAUAGGAUCAAAAAUAGAGUUUUUCUUUUAUACAUGCAGGGGCCUC